AUGAUACCGACUAGCACUCUCAGUCGACCGGUAAAAAUCGGCCUCCGUCUCACCGGCGUGUGGCCAAAUUCUUCGGUCCUGUUCAAGCUGCUCUGGACAUCAGUGAUGGGAACAAUACUGAUCUUCCAGUAUCAUUACAUUCUCAAUCACUUCAGCUCCGACGAUCUGUCGAAUUUGAUUGACGGUUUGAGCACCACCUUGCCGUACAGCCUUUUGUUUUUCAAACUGGUCGUCCUGUGGAUCAACAAUCGAGUAUUCAUCGAUAUCCUGACGACAAUGUCCAAGGACUGGCGCGAAUACUCCAGCAUGUACGCCAUGAUCGACAAAGCGGUGCUGUCGCAUCGUUGCUCCAAAUUGGUCAUCGGUAUUUACGCGACGGCGGUGUUGCUUUACAGCACUGCGUCCAUCGAUUUUAGGAAGAAUGUCGAUAGCGAUUGCCGGGAGCUGCUUAUAAAAAUGGAGCUACCCUUCGUCUUCUGUGAAUCACCAGUUUAUGAGAUCAUCAUGUUCAUGCAGUUCAUCCAUCUGUUGGCGGUCGCCUUGACUAUAAGUGUGAUCGAUGCGUUAAUUGUUACGCUGAUGCUGCACAUCGGUGGACAAAUAGAUAUCAUUCAUCUGCAGUUGGACGCGAUCUGCAGGAAGGACGGCGAGUACGGCUUAUCCACAGCCGUCGCCAGGUCCUUGAUCAGUAAGCAUCAUAAAAUCAUUGCUUUCUCGGACAGCAUCGAGAAACUCUUCAGCAAUAUCGCGCUGAUGCAAUUCUUAUCGAAUACAAUGAUCAUGUGUUGCAUCGGAUUUCUCGUGGUAACAACAUUAGGUACCACUGAUGGCAUCAGGAUGUUGAUAAAGACCUUCUUCUUCUACAUUGCCAUGACAAUGGAGUCGUUUAUUUUUUGUUUCGCCGGGGAAUACUUGAGUAAUAAAAGUAAAACGGUCGGUGAUGCGGCAUACGAAUCUCUUUGGUAUGUUCUCAAGCCGCAGGACGGCCGCAUUUUGUUGCUCAUGAUAAUGAGGUCGCAGCGACGGCUGACGAUCACCGCGGGGAAAUUUAUGGAUCUGUCACUGCAAGGAUUCACGAACAGUUUGAAAGCCUCCGCGUCCUACAUAUCCGUUUUAUAUGCAAUGUAUUGA